AUGAUCUACAUCAUUGUCUUCCUCGUCCUCCGUAAGUCAAACAGGCGUUUCUAUUCGCCUAGGUCGUGCCUAGGCACUCUGUGCGAACCUGAGCGCAGUCCCCAGCUACCCGAUGGGUUCUUCAGCUGGAUUAGAGCUUUCUGGAGGCUACCCGACGCCUAUGCCCUCCGGCAUCAGAGUCUUGAUUCAUACCUUUUCAUCCGAUUCCUUCGCAUCUGCUGCACCAUCUGCUUUGUGACUCUUUGCGUUACAUGGCCAAUUCUUCUUCCGCUCAACGCUAGUGGCGGCAAUGGGAAGAAGCAGCUUGAUGUCUUCUCCUACAGUAAUAUCAACAUCGACGAUUCAACCAAGAGGAACAGACUAUAUGUCCACUGCUUUGUGGCCUGUAUCGUGUAUAGCUUCGUUAUCUACACCAUUACGCGUGAAUGCUUCUUCUACAUAAACAUCCGACAAGCGUUUCUGCUGACUCCUCAGUACACUAAGCGUAUCUCAUCCCGCACUGUCCUGUUUACUUCAGUGCCCAAAGAGUAUCUCGAUAAGGGCCGCAUCUAUAGCCUCUUUAACGGCUCGGCCAAGAACAUUUCGAUCCCUGGCGACACUAAGGAGCUGGAUAGACUUAUAAGAGAGCGUGUCAAGGUCGCUAUGAAGUUCGAGAAGGGAGAAGUCAAGUGGAUCAAGCUAUGUAACAAGGAGCACAUCAAGUAUGAAAAGAAGACAGGCGCCAAGGUCGAAAAAGUGGCCACCGCCACAUUAGAUCCUGGAUCUGGAAACCUCGUUGCUGGCUGGAUUCCCGACGACAAGCGACCUACCCACUGUACAGGCCCUCUCGGACUUAUUGGCAACAAGGUCGACACCAUCAAAUGGGGCCGCGAGCAGCUCAAGGUCCUCAUCCCCAAGGCCCAGAGCGCUCAGACUAAUUGGAUCGCUGGUGACUACGAGAAACACUCUGCUAUUUUCGUCGAAUUCGCCACCCAAUAUGAUGCGCAGCUUGCUUUUCAAGCCGCCACUCACCACCGCGCCCUCCAAAUGGCUCCUCGAUUCAUCGGCAUAAGGCCAAACGAGGAUAUCUGGAAGAGCCUUAACUAUUCUUGGGGGCAAGCUGCAAUACGGCGAUUUGCUAUGUACGCCACCAUUACUGGUCUUAUUGUGCUUUGGGCUAUUCCUGUGACUAUUGUUGGUGUCAUUGCACAAGUAAACAUCAUCAAGACCCUCCCAGGCCUAGCCUGGAUACAGAACAUUCCUCAGGUUAUUCUUGGGGCCGUUUCUGGCUUGUUGCCUUCAAUUGCGCUAUCUCUUCUGAUGUCAUCGGUGCCGGCGUUCAUGCGUAUCUGUGCCAGGAUGUCUGGUUGUGUUUCACUGCCGCAAGCUGAGCUCUUCACUCAGAAGGCAUACUUCGUUUUUCAGGUCCUCCAAGUUUUCUUAGUCCAGACGCUCUCUAACAGCUUUGUUUCGUCUCUGGUGACCAUCCUUCGGAACCCCACCAAUGUCUUUAGCAUUCUUUCAUCUUCAAUCCCUACCGCCUCCAACUUCUACAUUUCGUUCUUCAUUGUUCAAGGUCUUACCAUCGUCACCAACGUAUUGACCCAGGUUAUUGGAUUCAUCAUAUGCACCCUUUCAUUUAAAUUCGCCAACAGGACACCUCGAUCAAUGUACUACAAGUGGACGACACUUAGUACCCUUUCAUGGGUAAGCCUCAUGCCCAUUUACACCAACAUGGCUGUCAUUAGCAUUGUCUGCUCUGUUAUUGCCCCUUUUCUGCUACUCUGGUCGACUAUCGGCACGGGGUUGUUUUAUCUCUCCUACCGUGACAAUGUACUGUAUGUUGCAGAAGCCGAGAUCGACACCCGUGGUCUAAUCUACCCUCAGGCCCUGAAACAGCUCUUAUCGGCCAAGGCCCUUAACCCUCUCCUAUACAGCAUUCCCCUUUCACUUCAGUUUCAGGAAAAUCGAGUUGACCGAAGCCAACAACAAAACGAAGAGGAUGGACAAGCCCAGAAUGGCGUCGGUCCCACCUCCACAGGUGCUAGCAAGAGCAACUUGGCCAGCAGGCUUGUGUUAAGAGCUACCCGCAAGGGCCGGAAGAAGGCUAAAUCCGUCUUCAAGUGGCUCAAGCUGUGGAUAUACGCCGAUUACGCGACGGUGGACCAGUUGGUGCAUCACGAGGACCGGAAAAACCUCGAGCAGCAUCAGGAGGCUGAGUUACAUGCUUAUUUUCCGCCCUCAGUCACAAGCCAGGCUCCAUUCCUUUGGGUUCCUGCGGACGGCGAUGCAGGCAUCUCAAAACAAGAGAUCUUUGACACCGGGAAGGGCUGCAAACUCGACGAUAGGAACCACAUACAGUGGGACACUGAGGAACCAAGACCUCCUGACUGGUGCGAGAAGAUUAAUUAUUAA